CAAUUUAUUCAAAAUAAAUAUACAUUUUUAUGAUGUUUGGGCAAUUUUCCUGUCAAAUUAAAUGGGGCAUCUAAAAGGGUCAUCUGAACAAAGCCAGCGAUUCAAAUAUGUAUUUGUAUUAUGGGCUGUAAUAGCAAUGGUGACAAUAAGAAUUAAAUGCGGUAGAAAAAAAAAACACGAGUCAUAGUAGUUUUAGGAACUAAAGUGGUUUUCAGAAUAGGAAGUAGACUUUCUAUUUAUCAGGUAGCCAGGCGGGCUUCCCUUUCUUAAGAAAAAAAAAAUCGUAAACUCAACCUGAGAAGUUUCAUUGUGACAAACAGAGAGAGACGAAAAGAUGUUCACACACACACUAAUGAUUGCGGGUGUUCUGCUGCUGUGCGCUGUCAGCGUGCAUUGCUGCGAAGGCAUCUUACCCGAAGAGAAAUGCACACCGAGUCAGGCGAUCGAGUGUUUCUACCCGGCGCACCACCUGAAUGCCUCCGCUCCGGUCUCUUUGGAGGUGGGUGUGGGUAAGAGACUGGUCAUCUCCUUGGAGGGCUUCCACACAUGCAGCCCGUGCAGCUUCAGGAGAAAUUUGCAUCACCUAUUACCAUUAGAGGCCAAUUUCAUGACGGUCCUGCCAGUGCUUUCUGAGAAUAUUUCUGGGGAGUAUACCAUCAGGUGCACGGCUGAGCGCUCGUUGACUUUUGCUCUACAUGUGGUUACGAAACGGCCCACAAAACCUCGUCUGACGCUGGUCCACGCAAACGAUCCAAAGAGUUCCCCCCAUUUUAAGUGCGCGUCUGAGGGCUUCCCUCAGCCUAUUCUGGAGUGGUCAGGAAUGCAAGACGAAGCAGUCGAAGGUGUGGGAAAAAAUGAGAGCACAAUCACCAGCGUUGGAUUCACAAACAAAGGAGUGAUGUGUUGCGCAACUAACAGCCAAGGGUGUGAAUGCUCCCAACUGUACGACUAUGACAUAGAGAGUAACCUGGUGGAUAAGGACGAGGUCUCCAGUGUGAUUUUGAGUCCCGGGGAGCCUCUCCUGCUUCGCUGCAGGUUCAACCGCUGGGGGCGGCGAAAGGCAGCGUGGGAGAAAGACGGCCGGCAGUUGACACCCGACGAAUUUCCGUGCUCUGCAAAAAUCAAGGAGAUGUGCAGCCGAUUUGACUCGCAUGGGAAAACCUCGAUGGUUUACUGGUUCGUUGACUCGGUGGAUGCGGGCCACGGCGGCACGUACACCUGCAGGGCUCAAGAUGGCGCAACCAAGUCCGUUGACAUCAGCGUCCAGGCGGAAGGCUUCCUCAGGGUGCAGCUGGAUGCGAGAAAAACUUUGCUGAGUCAAGAGGCAGCUGGCGCGUGUUUGCAAGCCUCCGUGUUUUACCACCCUGUGCUGCAGCGAUGCAUGUGGGAGACGCCCGAUGGCAAGGUGUCCAAAUGCGACACGGAGGAUUGGGUCACAACGCACAGGGCGGUGAACCUGUGCGGUGGAAUCAAAUCAGGAGAAUACAAACUAUACGUUGAGGCGGGUGGAAAAAGCAGAAACGAGUCCGUGUCUGUGUGCGUUGUCGAUGAACCAAAAUUCAAAUUCGGCAUCAGCGAGGACAACAACAGCAUCCAAAUCCAGACAGCCAGCGGCGUGCCGGCAAAUUACACGUGGAUGUCUUGUUUUCCUGGCAACGAAAGCUGUGAGGGUCACUCCUUCUGGAAAGAGAUCCCCGGAACCUGGCGAGCCGACUCCGACGUAAGCUGCCGAAAGAUCAUCAAGAGCGCAACCGGGAGAGAGCUGCUGGAUGGACACCACUUGAAAUUUUGCCUGGCCAACUCAGUUGGCUCCUGGUGCACGCCCCCGCAAUUGGUGUACUACCGGUCUUCCCGGGAGGGCUCCAGAGAGUUGAAAGUUGGCAGCGCGAUCCUGGUUGUGGCUUUGCUCACCGUCAGCGUGGUGCUCGUGUAUACGGUCAAGAAGAAGAAACCGCAGUAUCAGCCCCAGCUGCAGAUGAUCCAGAUGGUGGGCCCCAAUGAUAACGAUUACAUCUACAUUAACUUCAAGGACUUUGAGUAUGAACAGAAAUGGGAGUUUCCCAGGGAGAACUUGCAAUUAGGGAAAGAAUUGGGCUCUGGUGCUUUUGGCAUGGUGGUGCAGGCCGCGGCGUACGGCAUCAAGAAGGCUGGCGUGGCACAGCAGGUGGCCGUCAAAAUGCUUAAAGAGAAACACCAGCAAGUGGAUAAAGAGGCUCUGAUGUCCGAACUCAAGAUGCUGACGCACAUCGGCCACCACGCUAACAUCGUUAACCUGCUGGGAGCAUGCACGGGGUCGGGCCCCAUCUAUCUGAUAUUCGAGUACUGUUGCUACGGCGACUUGCUGAACUAUCUGAAGAGCAGCAGCGAGCGCUACCACAAGUCGGCAGUGGACGCUUUCACCCGGGAUCGCAACAGGAGCCUCUAUCACAACCUGAUGCCAGGGAAAAACUCAACCACGGUGCAGGAGGGCGCCGUGGACAACUACAUGCGGAUGCACCCUGCCCCGGCCGGCAGCCAGGAGGACGCAUCCCUCCUCUGUUCCAGCUUGGACAACUUGGACUGUGGUGAAGAUUCAUCUGCAGACACGGAGAGCUCUGAGAACGGAGAGCCGGAUGACCUGCAGGCCCUGACUUUCGAUGACCUGUUGAGCUUUGCUGUCCAAGUGGCCAAAGGCAUGGACUUCCUCUCCUCCAAAAAUUGUAUCCAUCGUGACCUGGCAGCUCGUAACGUGCUGGUGACCAAAGGCCGACAGGUGAAAAUCGCCGACUUCGGAUUGGCGCGGGACAUCGACAAUGAUUCCAACUACGUCGUGAGAGGCAACGUGCGUUUGCCUGUCAAGUGGAUGGCGCCGGAGAGCAUCUUCCAGGGGCUGUACACCAUGAAGAGUGACGUGUGGGCGUACGGCAUCCUGCUGUGGGAAAUAUUCUCUCUGGGUGUCACCCCAUACCCGGGCAUAAAGGUGGACCACGGAUUCUAUUCCAUGAUUGAGAGGGGGUUCAAGAUGGAAUGUCCUUACUACGCUGACGAGUCCGUGUAUCGGAUGAUGUGCAACUGCUGGGCCCUGGACCCCUGCAACCGACCCGCCUUCUCCAAAUUGGUGGCCUUCAUGUGGGAACAGCUGACGGUCGGCGAGGAGAAGCUCUACCACAACACCAUCAACCAGACAUCGAGCGACAACAGCAACGCGUUCGCCAUUAUGGACGCUUCCCCCUUUGCCCCACAGGAGUAGGGCGAGACGCAGUAGGACGAAAACCAAACAAAACCGUCCGAUGACCCCCCAAAAUAAUCAUUUCAGUACAUCCACAUGUUUUACAGUUUAGCAAAAAACUAAAAGCAAAGCAAAGACCUUUGCCAAGGCUCCACAUUGUAAAUAGCUCCUGCAUGAGCCUGAAUGUUGUCAUUUUUGUCAUGAGAAAAAUGGUGGAAAAGGUUCUCACGUGAAUCUGCAUCUUCAUGUAAGCCAUGAUUGGAUCACUUCCUCUUUGGUUUCUACUUGUUAUAUUUGCUUUGCGUAUGCCGUUUAAUGUUCAUUCAUUUUAUAAGCUUGCAUAAACUGGCCAGUGGGCAUCAUGAGUAGAAAUGUCAAAGGAAAAUGAUUUGCUGAGUUUUUUUUCCCCAAUGUAUUUUUUUUUUAACAUUAUCCUUGAUCAUCAUCAUCAUGCAAGUUAAAACAAACACACCUCAUAUUAUUUUCUUAGAUACAUGCUGUAUGUAAGAUAAGAUUACUCCAUCUGGAACUACAGUCGCUGUGAAGAGUAAAAAAAAAAAAAGUAGGGGCAGAUUUUGUUAUUUUUGGGGAAUCUUUUUCCGUUUUUAAUGUUUGUGUCACCGUGUAAAAUCCCCCCCCCCCCAGAUGAGCAGAGCUUUCAAUAUUAUAAGUUUGAAUGUCAUGUUUUUAUGUAUUUUUCCAAGCUGAAGCAUUAAACCAGCAAUAAAAAUGCACUUACUCACAAAA